AUGGCUAGACAUACAAGAAAGAGAAAAACAAUUAAUAAUGCCCAUAAUACUUUGAACAAUAGUAAUGUGUCACCAAAUGAGAUUAAACAACAAAGAUUAACCGAUUUAAAACUAGAAUAUGAUUUGUUAAGCAAUGAACUAUUCCACUUAAAGGAAUUUAUAUCUCUAGCAGAAUUUAAUCCAUUGUUUGAAAAUGAAUCUGAAAACUUUAAGAGAUUUAUAAAAGAUAAUAACUUGGAUUUGAAUAGUCUAAAUAUUGAUAGAUUAGAUGAAAAAGAUAGUAAACAAAUAGAAAAUUCGGAUCAGAAACCUAUCAGAAGAAAUUUAAGGGCAUCAAGUACUAGGUCUCUACUUCAAGAAAAUUCUAAAAAAGAUUUAACAGAAGAUUCAGAUUGGUUAAGGGAGAUUGCACCAUUAGUGAAAAAGAGAUAUGCCCAAUUAAAUUUAAAUUUAAAGAAAAAUAAUUUACAUUUCAAUAUUAAUCACAUAAGCAAAUCCGAUAAUAACCUAAAUAAUCUACUACAGUUAAAUAAUAACGAGGUAAAUGAAAAAAAUGUAAAUAGAAAGUUAUUUGAAAAAACUGAAAAUAUUGAUAAAGAACAAAAAAUUAAUAUACUUGAAAAUGGCAUAUCUAAUGGACAUGAAAAAACUCAAGAAAAUCAAAAAAGUGAACAGAUUGAACAGACUGAAGAAAUUGAAGAAAAAGAAUCAUCAAAUUCGCCUGAUAAUAAUGAAUUUCGAUUAGUAGCAAAGCCAUAUAGCGCAAAAAAUAUUAUAGAUGAUUAUGACUUUGAUUAUUAUUUCACAUCUUCCUCAUCUGAAGAUGAUAAUUCCGAUUACGAACCGCCUGUAAAGCGACCAAAGAUAAAAUUAUUUGUAAAUCCACCAAAACAAACCAUUACAAAUCCAAUGAAUAUUGUCCACCCACAAUUUGAUAAUUUUCAUGAAUAUUUACAAUCAUAUAAAUCAUUAGAUGAAGAUAUAACAUUGGAUGAAUAUAAUAAAUACAUCAAUGAACAGAAAAAGGUUGUAGCCGGUAUACGAAAAGGUUUACGAAGUGGUGCUUUAAAGUAUGAUAGAGAAACAGACUCAUUACAGCCAAUCACUACUAAAGAUGCAAGACAAAUUCAAUAUAAUCGUCCAGAACCAAUAUCAUUUUUAUAUAAAGAACAAAACCUGCAAACAUAUCCUGAUUAUUUAUUGAAUCAAGGUGUUCAUCUGAGCAAAUUAUUCCAAAGUAAUGUAAGAGCUAAAAUCUCAAGAGCAAGAAGAGUAUCUCAAAUGAUUGAACAACAUUUCAAACAUAUUGCAGGUGCUGAUGAAAGAAAAUUAAGAGAAGCUGAAAAACAUAGAAGAUUAUUGGCUAGGAAUGCAAUGCUAGCAGUAAAGAAAAGAUGGAACCUGGCUGAAAAGGCUUAUAGGGUAUUAAAGAAAGAUGAAGAAGAAGAAUUGAAGAAAAUCGAAGGCAAGGAACAUUUAAGUAGAAUGUUAGAGCAAAGUACUCAAUUAUUAGAUGCCCAAUUAAGUAAGAGGCAUGACAGAGCAUUUACUAUAACAUCUACUGCAAACACAGAUGCAGAUGAUGACAGUGAUGACAGUGAUGGUAGUGAUGAGAAUAAUUGGGGAUCUACUCAAAAUAGUGAUAAUGAAGAAUUAAAUGAAGGAUUAUCUAAUGAUGAUAAUAUUACCUCCUCAGAUGAAGAUUUUGAUAAAAGGAAUAAUAAGAGUGACGAUGAAGAACUGACUGUUGAGGAACUAAAAGAAAAAUAUUCAAAAUUACAUUCAGAUAAAAAUAUCAACAAAAAUCAAGAUAAUGGAACUGAAAAUGAAUCUAUGUUAAAACUUACAGCUGUCGAAUCUUCACUACCGGAAGUUAGUGAUUCUGAAACUGAUGUUUCAAUUACAACUGAAGAUUCUGAUUCCGAUGAUUCCGAUGACUCUGAGGAAGUCGCUGAUCAAGCAAAUAUUGGACUUGGUGCGUUACUAUCAAAAAAUGAAGUAGAAACAGAUUCUGAUGACAAUGAAGAAUGGACAAUAAAUAAUAAUAAUGUUGAUGAAGAUGCUUAUACAGUAACUGAUGGUGACGUGCUCAAGCCUGGCAAAAUAGAGAAUAGGACGACACCCAAAUCUAGACCCGAUGGAGAAACUACCAGCUCUGAGCUGGGAAAGGAUGCUUCGUUUAUCGAAACGGUGGAUACUGUCUCAAACUCUAAAAAUACUACAGAAGAUAUUGAUAAUACUAUUGAUAACACUAGCAGUACUGAAAACGAAGAAAAUCAAAUUCAAAAAUCUAAUAUUAAUGAAAGAUCAGAAGAUCUACAAGGUCUCGAUAAAGAGACGGAUCCAUUAACUGUGGAAGAUGUUCCAAUUCCAAGUUUAUUAAGAGGAACAUUAAGAAUUUAUCAAAAGCAAGGUUUAAAUUGGCUGGCAUCAUUAUACAAUAACAAUACUAAUGGGAUCUUAGCAGAUGAAAUGGGGUUAGGUAAAACUAUUCAAACAAUAUCAUUGUUAGCCUAUUUGGCUUGUGAGAAAGAGAAUUGGGGGCCACAUUUAAUUGUGGUACCAACGUCUGUCUUACUAAAUUGGGAGAUGGAAUUUAAAAAAUUUGCACCCGGUUUUAAAGUUUUAACAUACUAUGGGUCACCUCAACAACGUAAAGAAAAACGAAAAGGUUGGAAUAAACCUGACGCCUUCCAUGUUUGUAUUGUAUCUUAUCAAUUAGUUGUACAAGAUCAGCAUUCUUUUAAAAGAAAAAAAUGGGAAUAUAUGAUUUUAGAUGAAGCUCAUAAUAUUAAGAAUUUCCGAUCUACAAGAUGGCAAGCAUUAUUAAAUUUUAAUACUAGAAGAAGAUUAUUAUUAACAGGUACACCACUACAAAAUAAUAUAGCAGAACUGUGGUCUUUACUUUAUUUUUUAAUGCCUCAAACUGUUAGUAAUGGAGAAAAUAUUUCAGGUUUUGCAAAUUUAGAAGCAUUUCAACAAUGGUUUGGUCGUCCAGUAGAUAAGAUAAUAGAGACAAGUAGUGGUGCUGAUACCUUAGGUAAUGGAGAAUACGAUUCAGAGACUACAAAGACUAUUUCCAAAUUGCAUCAAGUUUUACGUCCAUACUUAUUAAGACGUUUAAAAGCAGAUGUUGAAAAGCAAAUGCCAGGUAAAUAUGAACAUAUUGUUUAUUGCCGUUUAUCUAAGAGACAAAGAUAUCUGUAUGAUGAUUUUAUGUCACGUACCAAGACUAAAGAAACGUUAGCAAGUGGUAACUUUAUGUCUAUUGUUAACUGUCUAAUGCAACUAAGAAAGGUAUGUAAUCAUCCUGAUCUAUUUGAAGUUCGACCUGUUCUUAGUUCAUUUUGUGUUGAAGAAUCGAUUGUGGGGAAUUAUAAUGAUACAGAACAGUUAAUCCAAAGAUUUUUGGGUGAUGAUAAUAAAAAUAUUGAACUGAAUUUCCAAAUUACUAAUAAUUGUAAUCAAGUAAUGGAUUAUCACCUAGAGAGUAUUCGAACAAAUCAAUGUAAUAAUGAAUUUGAUAAAAGUAUUGCUGAAUUAAAAGAAACAUUUGAGGAAUCCAAAAUUAUUUUAUCAAAGGCAAAUGAAUUUUUCAAUAGAUUUGGAUAUCAAAAAUAUUUGAGGCAAAUUAAAAAAUUAAAAUUUUUAAAAUAUUUAAAUCAAUUGAAAUGUGAUAGAACUGUCAUAUACAGUAAGAACCUAAUCAAUAUGAUAAAUAUUGAUAAAGCUUUGCCAAUUGAUAAUAAUUUGAUUAAACCUUUAAAGACUCGAAUUAUCGAAAAUAAAGGUAUAAUAAGUAACUAUGCUGUCAUUACACCUAAGGUUGUUACAUUAGAUAUUCGUAAGAUUAGCUUAGGUGUUAAUGAUGAAAGUAAGAUGAAAGAUUUUAAUAAGGAAAAAUUGAUCAAAUCUUUACGAACGAUGGAAAAUCCAUUGGAUCAACUACAAACGAAAUUGACUAUUGCAUUUCCUGAUAAGUCAUUACUUCAAUAUGAUUGUGGUAAAUUACAACAAUUAUAUAAGCUAUUACAAAAAUUGAGUGAUGAGGGACAUCGCGCUUUAAUUUUCACACAAAUGACUAAAGUAUUAGAUAUACUGGAACAAUUUUUAAAUUAUCAUGGUUAUUUGUAUAUGAGAUUAGAUGGUGCUACCAAGAUUGAAGAUCGACAAAUUUUAACCGAAAGAUUUAAUAAUGAUUCACGAGUAACUGUUUUUAUAUUAUCCAGUAGAUCUGGUGGUCUUGGUAUUAAUUUAACGGGUGCAGAUACAGUUAUCUUUUAUGAUUCUGAUUGGAAUCCAGCUAUGGAUAAACAAUGUCAAGAUAGAUGUCAUAGAAUUGGACAAACUAGAGAUGUUCAUAUUUAUCGUUUUGUUAGUGAUCAUACUAUAGAAAGUAAUAUUUUGAAAAAAGCUAAUCAAAAGAGAGAAUUGGAUAACGUGAUUAUUCAAAAAGGUGAAUUUACUACAGAUUAUUUCACUAAAUUAUCAGUACGAGAAUUAUUGGGUAAUGAAGCUACACAAGGUAUUGUGAACGAUGAUAAGCCUAUAUUACAGGAAGAUAAAGGUGAACGUGAUGUAGAAAAAUUAUUGGCACAAGCUGAAGAUGAAGCAGAUGUGAAGGCAGCCAAUUUGGCAAUGAAAGAGUACGAUGAUAUUGAUCAAGAAGAUUUUGUAGAUGAACAACCAGUAGUAAAAGAGGACGAGUACGAAGGGACAAACCAUGUGGAAGAGUAUAUGCUUCGGUACAUUGCCAAUGGGUAUGCCUAG